AUGAUCCUUGAGCCUGUAACUGCAAGUGCGAAGCGAUCGGCCUCCCUGCCAGCGCAGAGAUCGCAGAGGCCGACCCCACGCAGUGUGAGCCCUUGCCCUUCUCUGCAGUACCCCUCGUUCCAGUUCUUCAAACCUCCGAAGCCCCUCGAGCUGGCUCCUAGCGCUCCUAGCCUUGCCACGGCUGCUACAGACGGGAAGCUGGGCGCCUGUGCCCGUCCAUCGCUACCUGACCCUGUUCCAUUUCUGACUCACCCGACUCCUCGCUUUGCUGAGGCUCCGGUGUUGGCUCCGGUACUCCCAGCUUUGGAGAGCAAGUUUCAGUUUCUGAAGAGCCCCACCCGAAGGGAAGCUGGAAAUCGGGACAACUCUGACCUGCAGGAGCUGGAACGACAUGUGCUCGAACUGGUGCAAGGUCAGCACGGUCUGCGCAGAGAGCUUCAGGCCUUGAAGCAGCAAGCAGCAGCUCAAAGUCGUGAGCUGGAGUCAAUGCGUAAGAAUGUUGGGCGUCCAAAGUUGCCACCAACACGCAGUCCGGAUGUUCCUCUGCCUCUGUCGUUCCGUGAUGGGAAGCCAGCCUCGGAAGCUCGAGCACGAUCAGGGAGUCGACCUCGGAUAGCCGAAAGUGCCCCGGGCGAUCCCGUGGUGAAUCCUGCGGCUUCAAUGCCAAGCCGCAGUCAAAAUUGGGAUGACACUGUUGCAGAUUGCUUGCUCUGUACGAAGUAG